AUGGAGAAUGGGUUGAACGCGUUACACUUGGCAGCAAAAGAAGGGCACGUGAACGUCGUGACGGAACUUCUUCGACGAGGAGCGGAAGUGAACGCCAGUACAAAGAAGGGCAACACUGCUCUACACAUUGCUGCACUCGCGGGCCAGGAGGAGGUGGUGACGUUGUUGGUGCAGCACGGAGCAUCGGUAAAUCUUCAGAGUCAGAAUGGCUUUACCCCUCUCUACAUGGCUGCUCAAGAAAAUCACGACGGUGUCGUUCGAUUCCUUCUCGCCAAUGGAGCCAACCAAAGCCUAGGAACUGAGGAUGGUUUCACGCCAUUGGCUGUGGCCUUGCAACAAGGACAUGAUAAAGUAGUGGCUGUUCUCUUGGAGAAUGACACCAAAGGGAAAGUCAGACUCCCAGCCCUUCACAUUGCAGCCAAGAAAGAUGACACCAAGGCAGCAGCUCUUCUUCUACAGAAUGACCACAAUCCUGAUGUGACGAGCAAAAGUGGGUUCACACCCCUCCAUAUUGCAGCCCAUUAUGGCAAUGAGCAUAUUGCUCAGUUGCUCAUUCAGAAAGGAGCUGAUGUCAACUUUGCUGCCAAGCACAACAUAACCCCCUUGCAUGUGGCAGCAAAAUGGGGGAAAAUCACCCUAGUCACCAUGCUUAUUGAGAAAGGUGCAAAUAUUGAAGCAAAAACCAGAGAUGGCCUGACGCCUCUGCAUUGUGCAGCCCGAAGUGGACAUGAUGCAGUUGUUGAUCUUCUCCUUGAGAGAGGUGCUCCUAUCUCUGCCAAAAGCAAAAAUGGGCUGGCACCUUUGCAUAUGGCAUCUCAAGGAGAUCAUGUGGAUUCUGCUCGGAUUCUUCUCUAUCAUAAGGCCCCAGUGGAUGAUGUGACAGUUGACUACCUCACGGCUCUGCAUGUAGCAGCUCAUUGUGGGCAUGUGCGUGUAGCAAAGCUGCUCCUGGAUCGGAAGGCUGAUCCCAACUCAAGGGCCCUCAAUGGAUUCACCCCAUUGCACAUUGCAUGCAAGAAGAAUCGCAUCAAAGUGGUGGAAUUGCUUUUGAAGCAUGGUGCAUCUAUUGAAGCUACCACUGAGUCUGGGUUGACUCCAUUGCAUGUGGCAUCAUUCAUGGGAUGCAUGAAUAUUGUUAUCUACCUAUUGCAACAUGGGUCCAGCCCAGAUGUUCCCACUGUGAGAGGAGAGACUCCCCUUCACCUUGCUGCGAGGGCCAAUCAAACAGACAUCAUUCGCAUCCUCCUUCGGAAUGGAGCCCAGGUUGAUGCCAGAGCCAGGGUAAGUCACAACCCCAAGAUGCAUGCUCUCAGUAGUAAUUCUCAAGAACAGCAGACACCUUUGCACAUCGCAGCUCGCCUUGGGAAUGUGGACAUAGUGGUACUGCUCUUGCAACAUGGUGCUUCAGUGGAUGCCACCACUAAGGACCUCUACACAGCUCUUCACAUAACAGCCAAGGAGAAUCAAGAAGAGGUAAAUGAGGUUCUCAAAGAGUCCCUUGACAUGAGGGCUCUCAUGACACAUGUUGUUGCUGGAGUCCUCCUUGAGCAUGGUGCAUCUCUGAGUGCGACAACAAAGAAAGGCUUCACACCUCUCCACUUGGCAGCCAAAUAUGGAAACAUAAAAGUUGCCAAAUUGCUCCUCCAGAAAGAGGCACCUGUUGAUGCUCAGGGCAAGAAUGGCGUGACACCUCUUCAUGUAGCAAGCCAUUAUGACCACCAGAAUGUGGCUCUUUUGCUUCUUGACAAAGGGGCAUCACCUCAUGCCACAGCCAAAAAUGGAUAUACCCCCCUUCAUAUUGCUGCCAAGAAGAACCAGGUUUGUUCCUGUGAUGAAUUAUUAUGGCCUGGAUCAGUGCUGUUUGAGCAAUUCUCAUUCAUAACCAUUGUUCCUUUUCAGAUGGAUAUUGCUUCCACCUUAUUAGAGUAUGGAGCAAACACAAAUGCUGAGUCCAAGGCUGGGUUCACACCACUUCAUCUUAGCUGCCAGGAAGGCCACAAUGACAUGACAUCACUUCUCAUUGAAAACAAUGCAGAUGUGGACUAUCAAGCAAAGAAUGGAUUGACACCAAUGCACUUGUGUGCUCAAGAAGAUCGUGUCAAUGCAGCUGCUAUCCUUGUCAAGAAUAAUUCCAACAUCAACAACAAGACUAAGGUGGCCAAUUUUAUCAAAACCUUGAAAUUUGUUAGGUCUUCAUUUCACAUCUCACCAUCUGUCCUUGCUUUGUUGAUUUUUGCGGGCUACACUCCACUGCAUGUGGCCUGUCACUUUGGCCAGCUAAACAUGGUGCGGUUUCUGCUGAGUCAUGGAGCAGAGGUGAACACAACAACCAGCCUUGGCUACACCCCCCUGCAUCAAGCUGCUCAACAGGGACACACCCUUGUCAUCACAUUGCUCCUUGAGCACAAGGCUUCCCCUAAUGCUGUGACCAAUCAAGGACAAACAGCUUUGAGCAUUGCCCAGAGGCUUGGUUAUAUCAGUGUUGUGGAGACGUUGAAGGUGGUAACGGAGACCAUUGUCACGACAACCACAACUACAAUCACAGAGGAAAAGUAUCGGGUUGUUGCUCCUGAGACCAUGCAGGAGACUUUUAUCUCAGAUGAGGAAGAAGAAGGAGGAGAGGAUGUGAUGGAAGGGAUGUAUGGGAAGCCAACACAUGCUCAACACGUCUAUCUCCCAUAUUAUGAAGGACAAAUGCUUCUCACUAGGGAAGAGGGGACAAUGGGAGACUCCUCAUAUCGCUACUUGACAAUGGAUGAGAUGAAAAGCCUGGCUGAUGAUUCCUUUCACAUGGAUGUCACCAGGGAUGAACACAUGGAUUUCUCCAUGGACAGGGAGUUGCAUAUUGAGGACCAGAUCAGUCCGUCCAAGAUGAAGGAGUCCUACGCACAAUUCAAUGCAGGAGAGUUUGCUCCCGAUAACAUAGAGAUCUCUCAUCAGCCUGUUGUUUCUGGAUUCCUGGUGAGCUUCAUGGUGGAUGCACGAGGUGGAGCAAUGCGAGGAUGUCGUCACUCAGGAGUUCGAGUGAUCAUUCCACCAAGAAAAGCCCCAAUGCCAAUGCGCAUAACAUGUCGCUACCUGAAGAAGGACAAGUUGGUCCAUCCCCCUCCACUCAUGGAAGGAGAAGCCCUCUGUAGUCGCAUCUUGGAAAUGGGCCCUGCCAGUGCUAGAUUUCUUGGGCCGGUGAUAAUUGAAGUUCCUCAUUUUGCUUCCCUGCGGGGACGAGAGAGGGAAAUCACAAUCCUUCGCUCUGAUAAUGGCGAAACAUGGAAAGAGCACUCUCUUGAGGCUUCUGAAGAGGCUGUCCAGGAGGUGCUGAAUGAUUCCUUUGAUGGUGAAGAAUUGGCGGCAUUGGAAGAUCUGAAUACAAACCGGAUCACACGCAUCCUCACCACCGACUUCCCACAGUACUUUGCGAUUGUAUCCCGUGUGAGGCAAGAGAUCCAUGCCAUUGGGCCUGAGGGUGGGAUCGUAUCCUCAACUGUCGUCCCACAGGUCCAAGCUGUCUUCCCACAGGGUGCCCUGACCAAGAAGAUCAAAGUGGGACUUCAGGCCAAACUGGUGACCUUCACCAGAAUGGCCAACUACUUGUCACUGUUCCCAAGAGGACCUCCACAUCUGGGCUGUCUACCCAAGGAACUACUGUUUUGCCAGCUGUCCAGACUGCCAGGAACAUCCCUCAGCAUCCUAUCAGCUGACAGAUUGGGUCCAGAAGUCUGUCAUAAGGCAAAUGCAUGUGAUGUUACUCUCCCAUUGACAUUGCAGUCAGCCCUGCCUCUACCACCAGACUUGGUAGCAAAGAUGUUAGGGAAUCGAGUGGCAGUAUCACCAAUUGUGACAGUGGAGCCCCGAAGGCGCAAGUUCCACAAGCCAAUCACGUUGACCAUACCAGUCCCACAGGCAGCCCAAAAGGGGAUGAUCAAUCAAUACUCUGGAGAUGCUCCCACACUCCGCCUCCUCUGCUCCAUCACUGGUGGAUUCAGCAAGGCACAAUGGGAGGAUGUGACAGGCUCAACCCCUCUUACAUUUCUCAAUGACUGUGUGUCCUUUACGACAACUGUCUCAGCUCGCUUCUGGCUCAUGGAUUGUCGCAACAUCCAAGAGGCAACUCGCAUGGCCACUGACCUCUACAAGGAAGCCAUUCAUGUCCCAUUCAUGGCCAAGUUUGUAGUGUUUGGGAAACGACAUGAGGAGACAGAGGGUCGUUUGAGAGUCUUCUGCAUGACAGAUGACAGGGAAGACAAGACUCUGGAACAGCAAGAGCACUUCCUUGAGAUUGCCAAGAGCCGGGAUGUUGAGGUGCUGGAAGGGAAACCCCAGUAUGUGGAGUUUGCAGGAAACUUGGUACCUUUCACCAAAUCAGGAGAACAGCUACGACUCUACUUUGAGGCGUUCCGGGAGAAUCGACUCCCAUUCACUGUCCGGAUCAAGGAUGUCCAUACGCUCCCUGCUGGACGCAUUGCUUUCAUGCGGGAACCCAAGGUUUCUAGGGAUGAGCCUCCUCAGAUGCCAUUGUGCAACCUGAACAUAGCCCUUCCUGAAACCAUCUGCCCAGAACGAUCUCCCUCGGAAUCUGAUCUCCUUGAUGUGAGCAAACGAUCUUCCAGCGCAAUGUUUCGUCACCCUGGACAGCGGAAAAAGGUGAAAGAAGACAUCCACAAAGCAGAACUGCAAGUGACAGAGUUAUGCAGUCUCCUGGGAGAAGAUUGGAUCCCAUUGGCAUCAGAAUUAGGCAUUGAUUCCUCAGAUAUAGAAGUGAUCCAAGCGGAAUACCCAGAAAACCUUCCACAUCAAUCCCUGGUCAUGAUUCGCUUGUGGAUGGAGACAUCAACCCAUGAAGCCACUGGGAACACCUUGGAAAAAGCAUUGAAGAAAAUUGGUCGGGAAGACAUUGUGACCAAGUGCAUUGCAAAUGUGGAGCUGGUGACUGAUGAUCUUGAGAAAGCCAUUGCGAAAGUGCGUUUAGACCAGGGAGGGUUUGACACAUUUUGUGAGGAACUUGGACCAUCCCGGGAUGCUUCCCUCAGACACAAUGCUAGCUUGGAUGUCAGCUAUGAUGAACAGGACAUCCUCAAGGAGGCAGAAUCAGCAGAGGAAGAGGAAAGCAUCACUGAAGACAAGGUUCAAGAUGUGAAGACCUUUUUUUAUGCCUCUGUGAAGAUAACUUGCUCCAGUCCCACUGUCCAACAGGAAGGGGAAGCAGAGACAGUUCCAUUGCGGACGGACUAUGAAAGGCCAUCUAGGCCAACCCCAGAUGCCUUGGCACCGUCAGAGGAGAUAGAAAUCCACACACCUGAAGUUGCAACUCAUCUUGAUUUGGAACAUACAAUAGAGGAAGAAUUGAAAAAGGAAGUGAGAAGACAACCUGCCCUGAAAGAGAAAGAGAAAGACAAGCGUUCUAAGCAAGAAGUUCUGCAAGAAAUGGCAGAGGAACUCAUGUGGCUUGAGGAAUCCUUCCCUGUCCCCAAGAAAUCACCUAUGCAUGUCCAUGAAGAUGUUGGGGAUGGUGUGGAUGAGAGAGUGGAACGACAGGAAAAGGGGUUCAAGUCCCCUCCAACAGAGGAAGUUAUUAUCUCAUUGUCUGAAGCCCCUUCACACCAGUCAGAAGCUCCUACAUUAGUUCGUGAGCAGCUCGGUGUAAGGAUCUGUACUCCUCCACCAACCCCUGCAUCUGCCAUUCUUGAUCAAGGUAAACUUGCACCAACAGCAGAGGAAGUUCAGCAUCAAUUGGAAGCUGAGAUUCUGUCAACACAGCCACAAUGGCAGGAGGAAGAGGAAGAGGUCCAUGAAAUCUGUGUACCAGCUGAAGAGGUCGCGAGUGAAGAUGCAGAACAUAUUGGAGAUGAAUUGGAAGCAGCUUUUGAGCUCACACAAUUCAGAGCUUCAUCACCUUCAACUUCAAAGCGUGUGGAACCCGAAGGUUCGCCUGAUCCGGGUCCAGGUAAGAGCCCAGCAGAGCUCUUGGCAUCGCAUGCAUCCUCAGCAGUCAAGCCCAUCCCAUUCCAGGAAAUCAUUGCAUAUCCUAUUCAAACCAAGAAAGUUUCCUUCAAAAACCAGUCAUUAAGCCCAAUCCAUAGUCCAACAUUUCUUGACAGUUUUGAAGUCAUCCCUCAAGUGAGUCACAGCCAGUCUCAGGCGCCUUUAGAAUCAGGAGAAGACUUGGAAGAGCCUGAGAUCAGGGAAGGGACUGAACCUAGCAGACCAGACUUAAACCCAUAUGAACUUCUGUAUAACCGUCAGGAAGUUAAGACCCAGGAUUCUACAGCAAUCACAGAAAGUCGUAUUCUGCUGUCUGAGGAACAGAUGAGGGGCAUGAAAAUUUCAGUGCAUUCUGAAUCAAAGAUUAUUCUUGGUGGCACCAGGUUGACCACCAAACAAGCCUCUGCUGUUCAUGAACCACAAGUACAAGACAGAGCAACCAGUCCAAUCUUGGUUCGAGUCCCAACAUCCCAUUUGAAAUCCAAACGAAUCAGGAUUGAUGAGCGGUCAGCAUCAUUGAGUAAUGAACUUGAGCCUCCAGAUGAAGGUUUUCACAUACCUCAUGAAUCAAGCCUUUCCUUUGAAAGUAUCACUGGUAUCAUAAGUGAUUCAGCAGACACUGGAAUUGGUGGAUUUCAGACCCCUAGUGUUGGAGUGGGAAGUUCACAAACAUUAAUUGACACUGAAGGAAGUGAUGUGGAUGUCAUGGAGGAAGGAGAGGAAGAGGAGAUGAUAGAAAGUAAUUUUCCUGAUAAACAAGACAUUUUUCUCCAUCCAAUUCAGAUGGAUGAGGAAGAAAUUGAGAAAAGGCCUCUCAAAAUAAAGCAAGCAGAUGCAGGAAUAGCAACAGACAUUCCAGAAAUGAAAGACAUGAUGUGUAGUCCUAUUGAGCUUGAGGGGCCCAAGAAAGUGUUUGACUUUGGUGUUCAAACUUCACAUGAAGACAUGGAGAAUGAUGUAAAUGCUGUGAUAGGAGCUGAGUCUGUGAUAGGACCUGCAUUGCAGGGUAGUCUAGUCAGCAAACUUGACAUAGCUGUGGUAAAAGAUCUUAAUGGUGCUUUGAGUGAUCCGUCACUUGGGUCUUCCAUGACCAGUGAUAGAAUGGUAUGUGAUCAUGCAGCUCCUGUGAUUGAAGGCCCUGAGCAGACCGCAGAGGCAGGAUAUUUUGCUUUAAGUUGUAAACGUCCAAUGGCCAUGGGUUCAAACUCAAACAAAGAGUAUGAACCCAAGAAGUUACUGACCUCUUCUAUAGUUGAAAAAGGGACUACUGGGAUGCACAUUAAAGAGCACUAUUCUCUACCAGAGAAAGAAGGCAUUGGACAACAGAUACAACAGAUUGAACUAAUGAAAUCUGAUUUGACUCUGGAAAAACUAGAGGGGAGAGACUACAAAGCAGUAGAAAUGGAGGAAGAACCAUCUCUUGAGCAACAUGUGAAUCUUCAUAAUCUUCAAAAGUUAAGUGGAAAGGUAGAAAUGAUUGAUGAGGAAAUAAGGAUCUGGGAAACUCCUGCUUUUGUCCCAGUGCCACCAGCAUAUGACAUUGAUAGUGAAGGGGCUGACAAUUUGUCAGAAAACCAAUUAUCUUUCUGGUUUGAGGAAGGAGAGAGCAUUACAAACAGAGAGUCAUCAGAUAUUCCUCCUGAGUCACAUGAAUCUCUUUCUGAUGAAGUGCACAUGGAAAAAGAGCCAUAUAAAGCACUUGGUGACAUUCCUCUGCUUCAAGCCACAUUCCAGUUUAAAGAACCAGAAAGGGAAUUGGAAUUACAGGCAGAAAUGAUCCCUCUGACACAAGCAGUACCAAUGGCCAAGGAAAUAUUUCAAGUGGAAGAAGCUGAACCAGUUCAAAUACUAGCACCAUUAAAAGUUGUGUCUCCACCAGAAGAGGAGAAAAAACUUAUUCAACCUACAUUGCCUGCAGCAGAAAUGUAUAGUGAGUUUCAAGAAAUCCCUCCUAAAAUUAUGGAAAAUUUCGCAGAAAAUUUUCUCAGUGAAACACUAUUGAAGGUUGACACUCCUGAAAAUGAGGAGAGAGAAGAAACAGAAAUGAGGGUAUUGUCGAUUCCUUCAGUGCACAAUACAUAUGCUUGUAAAAUGGAAAUGACAUUCCAAGAAGAGACCACCCCAGAACAACCACAAAAAAAGAUAGAAAUCUCCUCAGAGAAGGAGAGGCAAGAUGUAAAAUCAAAUGUAUCAUCAGAAUCUCCUCCCAUACCUUAUAAAAUUUCUAUGCAAGAAAAAACAAUAUCGAGGGGGAAUAACAUCAUGGAAGAAGCCCAAGAAUCAGAGGAACCUCCAUCAAUAGAGAGGAGUCCAUUCAAGAACAAGGAGAUAAAAGAAAAAUCAUAUACACAAGACAGGGAACAGCAGGAGGAAAGUUCAUCUAUUUCAACCACAGAUUCAGUGAAUGAACAUGAGGAGAAAAUGAACCAUGAAGAAACCCUGUUAAGAUGGAUCUCUCCAACAGAAAAAGAAUGUGGAGCGAUUGUUGACAUCUCUCAAAUGACUCCCGAUGUCCUCGCUCUAAUCGAGCUUGAAAUGGAAUCUCCGGAAGCAAAGCAGGAACCUGAAACACUUCAUGAUCUGGUUCUAGCAAAAGUGGACAUAGAUGCAGGAGAAGAAGAAACAGAGUUUGAUUUCUCCAAGGCACCUUUCAUUGAGGAUACUUUGGAAGAGCCCAUCAUGGAUCUGACACGAAAGGUUGAUGAAUCAGAACUGACUCCACUGGCUCCACCUUCAGAUGAGGAAGUAGAGCAUGAAGUCAUUGACUCUAGAGUCGAUGAGGCUGAGUUACUUCUCCAUGUGCCUCUUGUUGAGGAGAAAGAACCAGAACUUUUCCCAGAGGAAGAAGAUUCUUUGAUGCCAGCGGUUCCACCUGCAUCUGUUGCGGAUGUGGAUCAAAGAGAUGAGGUUGAGGUAUCUGGGAUACCUGCUUUUGGCAUAGGUAGAAAAGAAGAACAAAUGGAUAUUGGAGAUAUUGGAGGAGCAUCUGCAUUGCCUGUGAUAGGAGGAAUCACUCUUGGAGGAGUAGAAUGUAGAGGGAUUGUUGACAUCUCUCAAAUGACUCCCGAUGUCCUCGCUCUAAUCGAACCUGAAAUGGAAUCUCCGGAAGCAAAGCAGGAACCUGAAACACUUCAUGAUCUGGUUCUAGCAAAAGAGGACAUAGAUGCAGGAGAAGACGAAAUAGAGUUUGAUGUCUCGAAGGCACCUUUCAUUGAGGAACCUUCUGAAGAUGUCCUAACUGAUGUGGCACUCGAUUUGGAUCCAUUAGAUAAGACUUCAUCAGCAACAGGUACAUGUGUUGAAGAAGUGUCUGAUGUUUUUGACUCAGAAGUUCAAGACACUUGCAUGUCUGGCGUUACUUUUUCCUCGGAAGAGAAUGAAUUGCAUGUGAUGGUGUUGCUGGAAGCUUCUGUCAUUCCUGUGAAGAACUGGUUUUUGAAGGACUAUGGUGAUAUUUCUCAUUGUGAAGUGUCUGAAUCCCUCCUAGAACCUCCUCAAGAGGAAUUAAGGUCAUCACCAGACAUCACAAGGACUUGGGAACUGCCGAUUAUCUCUCAAUUUUCCACUGAAUUGGAAUAUGAAUAUAAGGAUCCUGACAUCUCAUCAAGGGAACAAAAUUCAUCAGAUGUUGAAUCAGAAGAAUCUAGCAUUGCAGGAGAUGAUCAUAGUUGUGAACAUGAAGAAGUCGUUGAGUAUGAUACACUUGAAGAGAUAGAGUCUUUCCCUGAAGUUUUGCUUGAGCACCAUUGUCUUUCUCAUGGCCAUCUUGCAAUUAGUGGAGAGACUCAUUCAUCUGAAUCACAGAAAAUCUUAGAAGUCAUGGCAGAUCUUCAAGAGCCAAAAGAGAAGACAGAAUCUUUUGAUUGCAAAAUGGAAUUUGAAUUUCUUAACAACAGUGAUCUCCAAGGGGAUGUACGGGAAGAGCUUGCAAGAUCUCUUCCCGAACAUCCCCUUGGAGAUGGGCAAGAUGGGCACUUCAUGCACAUUUGGGACACAGAACCUGUCACUAAUACAAUUGUGGGUAGUGUCAUGGCAAGCACAGUAAGGGAAAUGGAUGGAAGUUUCCAUUCAUCAGACAAGACUCCUUUUCCUCCUAGUGAACUCAGUGAUAGAGUAAGAGAUGUCAGCCCAGGUGUGAUCUUUGAAGAGCUUGACUUCCCCUCAAUCGGUUCAGAAGCAAGUGUUGAGCCUCAUGUGUCUUUGCCUCCAUCACCAAUGCCACCCAUGAAUAUAACAGUGUUGAUGACAUCAGUUGAACCAAUGUCAGAAAGUGGUGGCAAGGAGAAACUUGCUCAAGCACAUGAAUACAUGGAAGUGGAAGAAGAAUUUGAUUCAGGAGGUUUUGUGCUUGUAGGUGAAACACCUGGAGAAACAAUAAAGAUAAAUUCAACCUCUGUGGGCAUCUCUUCCAGGGAGAGGGUAUUAGAAAUGACAUGGGAAAAGGUUAGUCAGGAAGCACCCAGGCAAGAAAUAACACUCAACAGUGAGGAAAAAAGAGUUGUAUCUCGUGUAUACCCAGUCUCUAUUAUCAGUGCCAUAUCCUUGGACUGUCCAGUCCUAUCUGGUAUCUCUCAUAUUGCUUGGGGACCUGAGGUUAUGGAUUCAUCAUGGUCAGUGACUCCAUUGGAGUUUGGAGAGGAUCACAAUAGUGAAGAUGAUGAAUAUGAAGAUAUUGAGGUCAUUGAGACAAUAUUUGAGGAAUCAGUGGAAGAAAUGUCGUACCCAUUCAUAAUGAUGCAAUGGGUGACAGACUUCAACAAAUUCUUUUCCUCUCCUGUGAUCCCUCCUUGCCUUCAGAGGAGAGACUCUUCACUAGUUAGUACUAAUACAGACACAUCCAUUGUUUCCAAGUCAGAUUCUGAAGGUGAAUAUCUGGUUGUGGAACAAGAUGCUCUCUUGUAUGUGAAAGAGGAUUCAGAUUCUGAUGACAUGGGAUCCCCUGCCAGAACAGUCCCAACCAUUUCUGUCUCAGGUCCUGGAUCUAGGCCUCCUCCUCUUCCAUCAAUAAAGAAAAACUUGGAAACUGGUUUGUUAGUGAAGCAUGAAGAAGACCCAUUCACUGAUAUAGAAAGUCUGCAAGAAGAAGACAUUGGUGGAAUUACUCUGAAGCCAUGCAUUGAAGCAGGAGCACUGACAGACCUUGAGUCAGUCUCAACAGAUUUUGACACAGACGAAUUGGAUUUUAAGGGUACUGAGUCUUUUCCACCACAUGAGCUGGAAGAUACUGUAAUGAAAGGUGUGGAUGGAUCUUGUUUACAUCAUAUCAACAUGUACAGCUUAUUGGGACAUUCAUCACCUGUCCUUCAAGAAUGCAUCACAGAUACUGAAGAUAUGGAAACAAAUGAGGAUGAAAUUCCAGUUGUAUCACCAAGAAGUAUGGAUGAAGUAAAUAUUCUCCUCAAGGGUGACUUCAAUGGCAAUGAUGUUGUUCAUCAUGAACAAGAACAAAAUGUUACAUUUUUGUUGGAUGAAGAAAAUUUCCUAGAAGGAUCUACAGACACAGAGGAAGUGAUUGGAGUGGAUGGAAUAGCCUCCCUUCUGGUGAAGAGACAGGAUGAUGGAUCUGGAGUCAUUGAAAAAUCAAUUUCUGAAAAGUGUCUCAGUUUGGCUGAGUUCCUUCAAGAACCAACUACUGACAAUGAGGAGCUACAGAUCAGUGAUGAUGAGGCCCAGAAAGUCCUUGAUAUCCCAAUGAAAGGAGUAGCUCAUGAGACUAACAAAGAAGUAUCCUAUUAUCCACCUGGUGGAAGAGGCCUAGAAGAGAGAAAAUCUCAUUCUGAUUUCAUUCCAUCCCCAAUCAUAUUCAAGAAAAAUGUUCAACAAUCUUAUAUUCGAACUCUAUCUCCUGAAGCAGAAAAUGCUACAGAGGAUGAGGAAGUUGAAGCACAGCCAGAGGCUGAAUUUAGUUUCAAUAGACUAGCAGCUGUUAGUACAGCUCCUCAAGUUGAGACAUCUCAAACUUUGGGCAGCCAUAUAGCAGGAAGCCACACUGAUGUUGAAGAUUUAUUGCUGGAAGAAUCUCCAGAAAGUGUGGAGGAGAGGCCACCUUUAUCCCCACAGUUUUUUGACAUCCCUUGUCACUCAACUGAGUAUGUGAAGAUAUCAGAGCAAUCCCCAUGGAUUGGAGCAUUUUCUGAUCCAAGAAAAGUGAUGACAGAUGAGGAGGAAUUUUCUGGCUCAGACUUGGACAUUCCACAAGAACCAACCUUCUUCCCAAACCAGAAGGUUCCAGAUCCAAAUACUGAUGAGGAGUACUUUGAAGCUGAUGCAAUACCUUUCAUGGAUUCCACUCAUGGAGAUGAGAAUGUCAAAAUGAGAUUUAUGGCAACCAGAACAGGUUAUGCACAUGUUGCUCAAAAGGUCAGGACCUUAGAAGGGAGCAGAGUGAUGGAUGGAUAUUCACUUGAGACUCAGAAGCCAUCUUCCCUUGAUAUUUUUCAAUCUGGAAGACAAGGCUCUACUGAUGUGGAAGAUAUAGAACUGGAGGACAGUCAACUAGAGAUUCCUUCUGCAGUGUCACCUAUGCUCUCAUAUAGCCCAUCAACUGAAAAUGUUUGUGCAUCAGAAUCAGGUAACAUGAAUAUCCAAACAAAAUCUGAAAAAAAUGUUGAAAAGAAUAGACUGGUUUGUGUGAAUCCAGAAACAGUCCUCACUGAAGAAGAAGAUCUGGAUGUUGGAUGCCCAGAAGUGAUUUUCACACUGCCAGUGAUGGAGAGAUCUCAAACUCCCAUCCUUGCAUGGGCUGAGGACACUGUCAUUGAAUCCUCUGAUAUUAACAGAACUGCUGUAGCAAGAUCAAAGAGGCAUUAUAGGUUUGAACAAGAGAGCCAAACUGAAACAGAAGAUUUUUCUUCUGAUGAGAUGCCUCGAAAACCAAGGCAUGGAGCAAAGGCCAAGGCCAGCAUGCAGCUGCCACAGAUACCCAGGGAUAACCUUACUGAUACAGAAGACAUUCCAGUAGAUAAAAAAUCAGCCCAUCUUUCAAUGGCCAAGGGAUAUAUGGUGACACAGGGGAAGGUGGACAUGGCAGGCAGAGAUGAUGGAAAUACUGAUUCUGAGAAUUUCACCUUGUCAGAAAUUUCUGACACUAUUGAAGAUCAACAGCUGAGAAGGGGGUUGGUGUGUAAUAUGCCUAUUCAUGAAUCUGAGGAUCUAAUAUAUGCUUCAUCUGAUGAUGAAUAUGAAUCAAAUCAGCUUCCUGAUAUAAAUGUGAGGGCAUUUGUUAGUGAAGCUGGGAUAUUGCAUGUACAAGAAAUUAGACAAUUCCAUACUCCUCUUUAUGAAGAAAUCUUGGACAGAAAAGACGUUCUAGGCCUACCAGGGCCAGGUGAAGCCUGUCUGACAGAUGUGGAAGAGCUGCUGGGGCCUGAAAAAGAAUUGGAGCAGCCCCCAGACUAUGAGGAGAGCCUUCAUCAUUCCAGUGAAGACUAUCCAGCAGCAUCAGGGACUGCCACCAUUGCAACACCUGAUAGGGCAUUGAUAAGGAAGAAACUCCAGGUGGGAUUAGGAGGAGAGACACAGGUGUUGGCUUAUGAGACUGAAAGUAAGGCACGGAAAAGACAAGAUGUACAUGAGCUGAGCCAGCGUUUGGCAAAAGUGGCAACAUCGUUGGCGUCAACCAUCGAGUGGAUGGGCCGCUCCUUCACCCCACCUCUUCUUAGUGCUGGUUCUGCUGGGAGUCCUCCCUUGCAAGAGCCAGGAAUCCUCUCUGACAUUGAGAGAGAACUUGAAGCUGAGUUGCAAGAGCAGCAACAGGCUACUUUAAUGAAGUCUCCUGGGAGCAAGAGGAAAGCUGAAUUGAGCUCUAUCAGCCCAAUUCUUGCUAAGAAGUUUGCAGCUGAAGAAGACCUAGCUGCAAGCAGUGAUUAUUUUCUGUCAGAUGAUGAAGGGAGGGCCAUCAAGGCAGAAAUCAAACUCAUGGUGAAGACACAAGAGCCUGGGAAAGAGGCCAUUGAAAUUAGAAGUAUUAGAGAAUUUGUUGAUAUGGAUGAUCGAACAAGAGGCCAGUUCACACGACUCUUUGCUCCAUCCCCAACCUCUCAAGAACGAGGGCGCAGUGAUGCAACUUCCAGUGAUACAUCAGAAAUUUGUGUCAAAGUUCCAAGAGAGUCUCAGGUUGCCAAGGACGUCGAUCAAAUGAAAGCUCUUGCAGCUCAAAUACAAGGGAGCCAGAGAUCCAUUGAUCAGCGUCCAUAUCAUCUUGCAUCCCAGUUGGUCAAGGACCCUCAAAAGACUUUGGUCACUGAAUUUAGUGAAUGGCUGAGUUAUCACAUCUUGAGGAGUGCUUUGGAUGAUAUUGCUCAUGAAAGACUGGAAGUUGUGAAGCACAGAACAAAUGUGAUUCGUGUGGCUGAGAAUGUUCGUUCCAUUGUGUUCGAUGAACUCUAUGAUGGCUCCCCAGUUGUUCAUGCCCAAGAGCUUCCUAGUGUUCAGAACAAGCUGACAGGAGCCAGAAAAUGGAUUGAAUCAUCUCUCUCAGAGCAGCUGAAGGAAGUAGUGGAACACUUGGAAACUCUGGAUCGUAAGUUGGAUCCUGCAUGUGAGGACAUUGAUGUGGACUCUGACCGAACCUCUCUCUCUCUUCUUCAACCUCAUCCCCUUUAUGAAGAUACACCAGUGGACAUUUUUGUACACCUGGUUGUGCCUGUACAAGGACUCUUUUGGGGCAAGUUGGGGACAGGCAUUCAGAAGGCGGUAAACUGUUUCAGGUGGACUAUGACAGCAUCAACAGUGGUCUUUGACAUCUUGCUUCAGGACAUGCUUCUUGUAGUUAUGAGUACUGAUGCACUGGUUCUGAAUGGACAGGAUGGUGCCCUCAGUUUGGGCCUUCAGCAGUCUCUUCAUCAGCCAGUUAUAGUUGAGGUAAAGGUUGAGGAUGUGCUCAUGGUAGAUCCUGGAGAGAUUGAUUCCAUCAUGGCACUCCCAGCACCAAGUCCACCUGUUGAUUUGAUAAGGAGGAUCACAUAUGGCUCAGACACAGAACCCCACAUCCUUGGGGACAUUCUUCUUCUGGAUGAUGAUAACCCUGGGGAAAUGCAUAUACUGGAAGAAGAGGAGGAACCAUUGGAAGAAGAUGAAUACCCACAUGGCUUUGAUUCCUCUCCUUUUCUGAUCACUGGCACUCCUGAAGCCCUGCAAUAUUUCCAAAUGUUCUCAAAUGACCUAGCAGCUGAGAAUAGAUGUGGAAUGGAUAUAGUUGACCUGAGCACUGGAACACCCCUCAUUGUACGGACAUCCAGCUUUGAAAACAUCUAUGAUGAUCUUGAGGUUGAAGAAGUGCAUGCUGUACCUGACUUAAGUUCAGAAGAAAUUGAAGAACAGAUUGGAGAUCGCACGGUUCCAGCAAUGGAACCCCAGAGGACUUCCAGCUAUGAAAAUAUCUAUGCAGUGGGAGAGAGGCUGUCCUCAGAAAUAGUGAAUGAAGUGAUGUCCUCAUGUCGAGGUGAUGAUGAUGAUGAUCAUGAUCAUGAUGAUGAUGAUGAUGAUCAUGGUCUUGAUGGUAAUGAAGCAGAGAAGUUGGUGCAUGGCCAGCAAGGCAUGUCUGCAUCCCCUCAUGGUAGCAAUAGUUCCAUAGAGGCAGUCAUCAUACAAAAUGCUGCUGCUACUCAGCUGCUUGAUGCUGAUGUUGAAAAGUGGGAGCUUGAUCUCCAUGAAAGCACUUAUGAAGAUGAUGUUGCUGAAGUCUUUGAAAAUCUUGCUGCAGCAGAAGCUCUGAAAGUUGAAGAUAUGGAUGAUGAAACAGAAGAUAAGUUGAUCUUUGUCACAUAUAGGACUUGA